GCAACUGGGAGUAUCAUCGAGGCCGACACAGCCGCAACCACCAGGUUGCAGACACCACCGGCCCAAAUAAAAGAGAGAAAGAGAGUAAACAACACGCGCCGAACACAGGGUCCGGAAAAAUGGCCAUCGUCAAGGACAGUGCGACGUUCUUCCAGCACGGCAACUCGGCCCAGUUCGAGUACGUGCUCGGGCUGUACCCGAAGGCGCUCCGGCUGAAGGCGGACACGCGCGGCAACGGCAAGAAGGCAGAGAAGUUGGUCCGGCUCGAGGAGUGGUAUCAGAACGAACUACCGAAGCUGAUCAAGAAGCGGGGCCGCGAUGCCCACCUGCUGCACGAGGAGCUGGUGCAGACGAUGGAGUGGAAGCAGACGCGCGGAAAGUUUUACCCGCAGCUCUCGUAUCUGAUCAAAAUCAACACACCGCGCGCGGUCGUGAUGGACACGCGGAAAGCGUUCCGCAAGCUGCCGAACCUAGAGCAGGCCCUCAACGCGCUCUCGAACCUGAAGGGGGUCGGCAUCACGAUGGCGUCGGCCCUGCUGGCCGCCGCCAUGCCCGAGAGCGCGCCGUUCAUGGCGGACGAGUGCCUGAUGGCGAUCCCGGACAUCGAGGGCAUCGACUACACGACCAAGGAGUAUCUCAAGUUCGUCACACACAUCCACCAAACGAUGGACCGUCUCAAUCUGGAGGUCGAAUCGAACGGGCUCCCGGAAACGUCCACCGAUGACGGCGGUGGUGACGACCCGCCGGCUGCGGCGGUCGGCACGGAGAAAGACACCUCCGACAAAAAGGACGACAAACCGGAAAGCAGCGGCGAAGAGGCGACCAACGAUGGGGAGAAGACAAAUGGGUCGACGCCGGCGGCAGCGGACGACAACACCGCCGCCGGCAAACCGAAGGCAAAGAAGUGGUCCGCCCAUCAGGUCGAACUGGCCCUCUGGACACACUACAUCGUGACGGAUUUGCAACCGGAGUUGCUCGGCGGUAUGCCGGGCAACAAUAAUGGUGUGGCGUCGGCGGCCGGUGGUGCCGCAAACGGAAUCUCGAAGGAAGACGGCGAUGAGGACGACGAGCGGGACGAAGACGAGGACGAAAAUGGAACGGCCGACGAUGAUAAAGAGGAGGAUGCGCUCGGGGACGAGGAGGACGAUGAGAAUUCGCGCACCGCGGUCGAAUCGUCGGAAUCGGAAAGCAACGAAGCGGCGGGAGGUGGCACCGCCGCAGGGCCGGUGGUGGUAGCGAACGGUAAGGCUCGGGGAAGCGACGAGCCAGACAACAGUAGUGCCAACGUCGUGGAGGAGGACGCGUUGGUAGCGAAGAAGGACACAACGCCCGUCUCGAACAACGGCACAGCGGAGCAGCAGAAGUCAGAAGUUACGGUGGACGGCGCGCCCGAGAGCGAGGCGGUGGUACCAGCGCCUGUAACCGAACGAAAAUCAACGGCCGAAAGCAGUCCCGCCGACGGCGACGAGUGCUCAAAAUCGGGUGACAGUUUAGACGCCGACUCCGGGGCGGCAGUGGUGGCGACAGCAAUGACAACGAAACCGACAGUGGCGGCAACGACGACGACGUUAUGUGGUGCCGACGAGCAUACGGCGGCCGAUAGUGGCGACUCCCAGAACAGCAGCAGUCACGGUGGUGCCAACAAACGUCCGCUCUUCUGCGAGGACGCGGCCGACGACAAGCCGGAGCUGAGCGCACCGAAGCUGAUAAAAUUGUAGGGCGAUAGGGCCGUGGAGCGAUAGCGGGUAGAGUAGGCCAGGAUGGAUUGCUGCGAUGCGCUCCGCGCGGGAUGGAACAAGUUUUCCGCCAGUUUGGGCGUCGUGUGUAGUGUAGGCACCUUAGCGUUUUGUAGGAACAGUACAACACAAUCAUCAGCGUGCGCGGUCGUGCGUGAGAGAUUGCGGCUAGGAACGGGACGGUGUGCGGGGACACGGUCCCCGUGUUAAGAGGGGUAACCAGAGAUGAACACGGCGCGGCGCACAGUCCGUCCUUACAAAUGAGCAAACAGAAGAGGAGAAAAACGCGGCGAGCAACAGACAUGCCACUUUGCGGAGAGAAAACUAUGGAGGCGCGCGUGCGGGGACAAGAAUGACCAAACUUUAAGCCCACUUCCAUUUCAGUUUCCUCCGCAUCGCAACUUUUUCGGGCGCUCCAUGACUGGCCGGAAACAGUGAGGCCGACAUCAUCCCGUGGAAGUGGCAACUUUGUUGGUGGCCACGGGCUUUUUCCACGGCUUCCGGAUAGACCGACGAGUAGAAGUUACAUUGUGUCCGCCGGUUUAUGGGUGAUCCUGAUAGGGUACAGUACCGUUAGUUUGCGCGCGUUGUCCUGCCCGCCCCCGUGAUCCUCAUACCAUUCUCUCAGCGUGGCCGGUCUCGCGGUUCAUCUGUUUAAUUUCGCUUCUAAGAUUGUAGAAAGUUUG